GCCGGAGUUGCCGGAGUGCGAAUUCUCGCGGCGUUUGGCGCAGCGCUGGCUUUGCGGGAAGAGGAUUGCGGACGUGCAGGCGUCGAAUGACAAGAUUGUGUUUGAUGGCGUCAACCCCACGACAUUUUCCCGCAAGCUUUGCAACCGGCGGAUCGUGGCUUGCAGGCGCUGGGGCAAGCAGAUUUGGUUUGAAAUGGAUGCAGGGCCACAUCCUAUGUUUCACCUUGGCAUGACUGGUAGCUUCCGCGUGAAGGGCAAGAAAGCCCUUGUCUAUGUCAGACAACGAGAGGAAGAUCCCAACAACUGGCCACCAAAAUUCUGCAAGGUGACCAUACGCAUGUCAGAUGGUACAUGCUUUGCGAUGACCGAUGCGCGUCGAUUCGGUCGGAUCAGGCUUUGCAAGGAUCCCUGGGAGUCGCCGCCAGUGUGUCACAUGGGUUUCGAUCCUCUGCUCGCUAUGCCAAAGCUGUCGGACUUCGCUGAGCAGCUCGGGUCCAGAAGUACUGACAUCAAGGCAGUUCUGCUUGACCAGGGCUUUGCCGCAGGAGUUGGCAACUGGGUAGCCGAUGAGGUGUUGUACCAAGCUGCGAUUCAUCCGCAGGAAAGCUGUUCAAACUUGACACCGGCUGCAGUUGCCAAGCUUCAUCGCAGCCUUCGUAGUGUGAUCCAGACGGCUUGCAAAGUUGGAGCUGAUGCCGGCAAGUACCCGAGGACUUGGCUCUUCCACUAUCGCUGGGCAAAGGGCUCCGGAAAAGCCUGUGACGGCAAGGGCAGGACCAUCAAGUUUGUGACUUCGGGAGGGCGGACAUCCGCUUUUGUCCCAUCGCUUCAGGUUCGCUGCGCAGCGGCAAAGCAACGUGAGAGGACGUCAGCAUCUGCUGUCCGGAAGAGGCCGGCAGCUCGCAGAAGAUGA